AUGUUGCUACGUGAAAUUAUUGCAAUAUGGUUCAUUUUCUCAACUAUUGAACAAGUUUCAAAUAUCUCAUAUAAUCAACCAAAGUUAUGUGCAAAUGCAACAUGGAACUCAACAGCGAUAACAUUUGCUACUAAUGCAAUUGUCGGUUCAAAUCCUUAUGCUGUUUUUGUCAAUACAAAAAAUACAAUUUAUGCAGCUGAUCGACAAAAUUCUCGUAUACAAGUGUGGACAAAUGGAAAUAAUACACUUACCUAUACUCUAUCGGGUGGUUUAAAUCUUCCUUAUAGUAUAUUUGUUAAUGAUAAUGAUGAGGUUUUUAUUGAUAAUGGUAAUUCAUAUUAUCAAGUUAAUAAAUGGAUAUCAAAUUAUACAAAUAGUAGUGUUCCAGUAAUGUAUAUGUGUGAUCAAUGUUAUGGUCUUUUUAUUGAUAUUAAUAAUAAUCUUUAUUGUUCAAUGAAUACUUAUGAUCAAGUUAUAUCAAAAUCAUUAACACAACGUUUAACUAUAUGGAAUAUUGUUGCUGGAACAGGUACUGCUGGAUCAGCAUCAACUACACUCAAUAAUCCUUGGGGGCUUUAUGUUGAUACAAAUUUAAAUUUGUAUGUAGCUGAUAGUGGAAAUAAUCGAAUUCAAAAAUUUUUAUCAGGACAAUUAAAUGGAAUAACAAUAUCAACAGGAAGUUUAACACUCUCAAAACCAACUUCAAUUGCAUUUGAUGCUGAUGGAUAUCUUUAUAUUGUCGAUAGUAGCAAUAGUCGUAUUAUUGGUUCGGGUCCAAAUGGUUUUCAAUGUGUAGUUGCAUGUUCGGGAUCAGCUGGUUCAGCAGCUAAUCAAUUAAAUAAUCCAUAUACUCUUAGUUUUGAUACUUAUGGAAAUAUAUUUGUUAUGGAUCAAAGUAAUAGUCGACUUCAAAAAUUCUUUCUUUUAUCAAGUUCAUGCAAUGUAACAACAACAAUCGCGACAGCGACAAUAAGCAGUACCCCAUCAUCAAUAACUUAUUCGAAUGGUAUAUCAUUCAAUCAACCAAAGUUCGGUAUUUAUCCUACUUGGAACGGAAUUGGAAUUACUUUUGCAAAUAGUACAACAGUAGGAACGAGUCCAUAUGGAAUUUUUGUAAAUAUUAACAAUACACUUUAUGUUGCUAAUCAAGCAAAUAGUCGAAUUUAUAUCUGGUCUUCAGGAAAUAGUACACCUACAGAAAAUAUUACACGCGGAAUAUAUUCUCCGUAUAGUCUUUUUGUAACAUUAAAUGGUGAUAUUUAUGUUGAUAAUGGAGGUACAAAUAAUCGAGUCGAUAAAUGGUCAUUAAAUUCGAAUAGUAGCACAUCAGUGAUGUAUGUCAAAUCUACAUGUUAUGAUCUAUUUAUUGAUAUUAAUAAUAAUCUUUAUUGUUCAAUAAAUUCUAAACACCAAGUUGUUAUGAAGUCUUUAAAUGGAAAUUCAAGUUUAUGGACUGUUAUUGCUGGUACGGAUUGUUAUGGAUCAACUUCAAAUCAACUUUAUAAUCCUCGUGGAAUUUUUGUUGAUACAAAUCUGAACUUAUAUGUAGCUGAUUGUACUAAUGAUCGUGUUCAACUUUUCCAAUCUGGACAAGCAACAGCAACAACAAUACCAAUAAUUGUAACUUCAGGAGUACUUACACUUGAUUGUCCAACUGAUGUAACACUUGACGCCGAUGGAAAUCUUUUUAUUGUUGAUAGUCUUAAUAAUCGUAUUAUUGGAUCAGAUCACAAUGGUUUUCGAUGUAUCAUUUCAUGUUCAACUAUUGGUGGUUCAACAGCAACACAAUUGAGUAAUCCAUCGACAUUUAGUUUUGAUACUUAUGGAAAUAUUUAUGUUACUGAUCAAGGAAAUAGUCGAGUACAAAAGUUUAUGUUGAUCAAUGAUAAUAAUACUUAUCCUCUUUCAUUGAAUCUACCAAAUUUUUGUCCAUCUACAACUUGGUAUCCCAAUGCAAUUACAUUUGCUGAUAGUACCAUAGCUGGUUCAAAUAUUUAUGCUAUUUAUGUUAGUCUCAACAAUACGAUUUAUAUCGCUAACAGAGCCCAAAGUGUAAUUUACGUAUAUCGUGAAGGAGCUAAUUCUCCGACUAGAAAUAUAUCAGGUGGUUUCAGUACUCCACUGGGUCUUUAUGUAUCAGUACAUGGUGAUGUAUACAUUGAUAACUAUGUUGGUAAUAAUCAAAUUACUAAAUGGUCAAUUGAUACGAAUAAUAACACUAAUACUAUGAUAAUUACGCAACAAUGUGAAGGAUUUUUUGUCGAUACUACGAAUACUAUGUACUGUGCACUGCCUUGGAGUCAUCAAGUUGUUAAGAAAUGGCUCAAUGAUAGUGGAACUGCAGCUACUGUUGUAGCCGGUACAGGUAGUGCUGGAGGAUCAUCGACUCAACUUUAUUGGCCUAGUGGAAUCUAUGUUGAUUCUCAAUUUAAUCUCUAUGUUGCAGAUGAAGCCAAUAAUAGAAUCCAACUUUUCCCGCCGGGACAAACAAUUGGAAUAACUCAAAUAAUAAAUGGUGUAUCCGGUAUCAUAACACUUUAUUAUCCACAUGCAAUUACCUUUGAUGGUAAUGGGUAUAUGUUUAUUCUCGAAACAGGUAACAAUCGCAUCAUAGGAAAUGGGCCAUAUGGUUUUCGAUGUGUCAUCGCUUGUUCUGGUAGUAGCGGUUCGAAUGCAAACCAAUUAAAUUAUCCACGAACUUUUGGUUUUGAUAGUUAUGGAAAUAUGUAUGUGAGUGAUCAAAAUAAUGCUCGCGUUCAAAAAUUUUCGAUUGCAUCAAAUUCAUGCGCUUUAUCAUAUAAUCAACCAGCAUUUUGUUCAAUUGCAACAUGGACAACAAAUGCAAUAACUUUUGCAUCAAGUGGUACAAUUGGUGCGAUUCCUAAUGGUAUUUUUAUUGAUGGAAUUAAUAAUAUUUAUAUUAUUAAUCGAGCUAGUAAUACGAUUUUGAAAUGGUUUCAGUGGAGUAGUUCAGCAACAACUCUAAAUUAUAUUAAUGUAACGAAUCCAGCGAGUGUAUUUGUAUCGAUAUCUGGUGAGAUUUACGUUGAUAAUGGUUAUUUAUACGGUCGAGUUGAUAAAUAUUUGUUUAAUUCAUCAAGUUUCAUUACUGUUAUGAACUUUAAUGGUAGUUGUAUUGAUCUUUUUAUUGAUUCCAAUAAUACUCUUUAUUGUUGUGUUCAAAAUCAACAUGAAGUUGUUAAAAUUUCGCUUAAUAAAAGUAUAACUAUUCCAAUAGUUGCAGCUGGAAAUGGAACUGCUGGAUCAUUAUCAACUAUGCUUAAUUCUCCUCAAGGCAUUUAUGUUGAUAGUAGUUUAAAUUUAUAUAUUGCUGAUUCUGCGAAUAAUCGUGUGCAAAUGUUUGGUGCCGGUCAAGUCAAUGGAAUUACACUUGUUGGAAAUGGAUCAUCAACCAGUUUUACUCUAAAUUAUCCAACUGAUGUUGUACUAGAUUCAAAUGGUUACUUAUUCAUUGUUGAUAGUUAUAAUCAUCGUAUUGUUGGUUCAAGUUCGUCUGGUUAUCGAUGUGUAGCAGCAUGUUCAGGAAGUAGUGGUUCAGCUUCGAAUCAAUUAUACUUUCCGCGAAGUAUGGCUUUUGACAGUUAUGGAAAUAUUUAUGUUAUUGAUCGAAAUAAUAGUCGAGUGCAACAAUUUACUUUUCAAGGCAAUAAUUGCAUACCACUAGCACUACUUCAAGUAGCUCUACGACAAGCAGUACCAGCACGAGUAGCACUACGACAAGCAGUACCAGCACAAGUAGCUCCACGACAAGCAGUACCAGCACAAGUAGCACUACAACAAGCAGUACCAGCACGAGUAGCACUACGACAAGCAGUACCAGCACAAGUAGCACUACAACAAGCAGUACCAGCACGAGUAGCACUAGCAGUAGCACCUGGAGCAUCACCACGAGCAGCAGCAAUAGUACAAGUACAAGUGGUACCUCAAGUACCGAGACAACAAAAUACAACGGUGAUAACAACUCCACAGAUAAACAGCAAUCAAACAUGUUAUCCACCCUCAAUCAUAUUAAUACCUGGUGGAUCAUCUUUAUUAUCUCCAAUAUCAUAUCGACGAAGUCAAGAUUUUUCAAUAAGUUCAAUGAUUGAAUUUCAUUGUGGUGGUUCACUUUCGAAAACUACAAAAUGGACAGUGAAAAAUUGUAGUACAACAAUUUGCUCAUUUAAUAUUUUCUUCUCCAACACGGUGAAGACAACGUAUAGUGAACUUUAUGUUCCAUCACGAACUCUUGAUUAUGGCGUGUAUGAAUUAACAUUAACUGUAACAUUGAAUAAUUCGUCAAAAUUGAAAUCUUCUUCAUCAGCAUAUGUUCGAAUAACAAAAACAGACAUAACACCAAAUCCUGUUCAAUUGGGAACGUCAAUGAUAACACGAGGUGAAAAUCAAGAUCUUUUCCUUGAUCCUGGUUCAUUUUCAAUUGAUCCUGAUCAAUAUUCAUUUGAUGCCAGUAAAUGGAAAUAUAAAUACUAUUGUCGAAUUUACAAUCAAUAUAAUUUUCCAAAUUUUUAUGGAAUUUUAUUAACAAUUGAUGAUCCAACAAUCGAUCCAAAUAAUCCAUCAUGUGUAACAAAUCGAACAGGAUUAAUCUUUGGAAAUUCGACAUUAUCACCGAAUUCAUCAUUAACAAUUCUUGCUGGUUCUCUUCAAUCAAAUCAAAUGUAUCAAUUUAUGGUUUAUAUGGAAAAUAAAAAGAAUUCAUCAAUUCAAGCAACUGGUUUUGUUCUUGUUACAGUUGUCGUUACUCUUCCAAAAUUAAUUAUUAUCGGUUGUGUCAUUGCACCAAUGUGUAUUCCAAAUCUUGAACUUCAACUUCUUAAUCCAACAACACAAGUUGCUCUCUAUACUUAUUGCGUUGGAUUAUGUGAAGAUCUGCAAAGUAUUCAUUGGAAUAUUUAUCGAGGAAUUGAUAAUUCAACAUAUUCAAAUGGAACAUCAUGGAUUUUAUUUGAUCAAAUGAAUUUCUAUGAAAAUAUUUGGUUUUUUGGUCAAAAUACAAGUAAUUUUACAGCAUCAAAUCAAUUAUUUAUUGGAAAUUCUCAAAUAAAUCUUUGGAGAUUUGAAGUUAUUUACACAUUUUUAAACGAAACAAGUACAAGUGCAUUAAAUUUUGUUACAAAUCAAUCUCCAUCAAAUGGUUCAUGUUCAAUUAAUCCAUUGAAUGGUACAACAACAACUGCAUUCAAUAUUUCAUGUUCAAAUUGGUUUGAUUCAGAUGGAAUUCGCGAUUAUACUUUAUAUGUUUGGACAAAAGAUAUUUCUGAAAAAAUAAUGAUUUCAUAUUCAUCUGUUGAUCAUUUUCAAGUUCGAUUACCAAUUGGAAAUGAAAAUACUUCAUUAAUUAAUCUUAUUGUUUAUAUUCGAGAUUUUCUUGGAUCAAUAACACAAGUCAAUAUUUCAUCAAUUGUUGUUACUUUAGAUUUUCUAACAAUUGAUGAUUUAUUUAAUAAAAUACAAAAUUCAUCAAAGACAAUAACAGACAAUUCAAUUGUUCAAUUAUUAUCAAGUGGAAAUCAAAAUAUUGUUUCACAAAUAAUUAUUUUAUUAUCACAACAAUUAAAUCAAAUGAAUAAUCAUUAUUUAACAAAAGCAAUUUCCAAUGGAAUUUCAUUUGUCGAUAUCUCAAUUUCAACACUUCAUUCUCCAAAUUUCACCUCAUCAACAACAAUAAUAAAUGAAACAAUUUCAAUUGAAUAUAAAAAUGAAAUCAAUUCUUUAGCAAAUAUUCGAGAUUAUUUUGUUUCAUUUAUCUCCGAUCUUCUAAUAACAACAUCAAAUAGUAUUAUUCUACAAUCAUCAUCAUUAGUUCAAUUAACUCAAUCAACAAAUCAAUUAACACGAAAUCUUUUAACAAUUGUUUCCAAUCAAUGUUAUCAAUUAUCUCUUUCUUUAUAUUCCAUAGCAAAUCAAAUCUCCUAUGAAGAUGUUCAAUUAGCUGCAAAUCAACUUUUUCAAUGUGCAUCAAAUAUUUUAUCUGGUGUUAAUGGAUUCUUACAACGACGAACAAUUCUUCUUCAUUUAGAUUAUUCUCGUUCGAAUACAAUUACUUCAGAUUAUGAUACUGAUCUCGAAUCUCCAUGGCCAAAUUUAAAUUUAUUUGCGGAUGAAAAUGAUUUUUCUGAAGAAAUAAUUGAGAAAAAUCGAAAUAUUUAUUAUCAAAAACAAUUAUCAAAUGAAAUAUCAAAACAAGUUACAGAAAUGAAUUCAUUAUUAAGUUUAUCAUUAAAUAUUCAUCGAAAUCUUGGUCAACAAUAUCUAUUAAAUAAUUCUCAAGCAUUUCUUUUCUUUGAAAAGCUUUCAAAAACAUCACUUGAAAAUGGAACAUUUCAUCAAAUUGAAAAUUCUCAAUUCAAUUUUCCAUCAAAUCUUCUUCUCAAUUCAUCAUCAACAAUUUCAAUUCGACACUCAACGCCAAUCUAA